CAUCGGGGAUUUGUCGGUGUUUUCCUUUUUCACGACCAGUAUCUGACCUAAAUUUAAAUGCUCGGUAUAUUUCCUUAUAAAGUGCCCGCGUAUCCUUUAUCCCGCGCGUGUAUAUAAACUCCGAUGUUUAGAACGAGGGUCAAAUUUGACGCCCAAACUUGACUUGGUAAACACACGGGAGCUGUUCGUUGUCUGUCAAACAUGUUGCCGAUUAUUUGCUUCUUGUGCGUUAUUGCGAUACGUGGACUGUCAGCUGAGAUGUCCAAUGAAAAACCAAAAAUCGUAGGCGGUAACGCCGCCGCUGAAGCCCAGUUCCCUUAUCAGGCGUCUCUUCGUUAUCGCAACCGUCACUUCUGUGGCGGUUCCAUCAUUCACAAGCGAUGGAUCCUUACAGCCUCUCACUGUUUAUCUGGUUUCAACGAUACGGCUAUCAACGUCGUUUUGGGCACGAACACUUUGGACAAGGGUGGCGACGAGUACACCUCAAUAAAGACAUUGAUGCAUCCUUACUACAACUCCGCCUUUAUCUGGAACGACAUCGGAUUAAUUCAACUGGACAAGGAUAUUGUUCUCGGUGACAAGGUGAAACUAAUCGAUCUGCCCACUCAGAACUUCGACAAAUCCGAUUAUCCGGCAACGCUGUCCGGUUGGGGUACGACUAGUUAUCCGGGGGAAACGCCGAACGAGUUGCAGUACCUCGAGCUUAUGGUCAUCAGUCAAAAGCAGUGCUCGAGAACCAGCUAUCGCGUCACCAAAAACAAUAUCUGCACACUCAACAAACAGGGCGAGGGUGCUUGUCACGGUGACUCCGGCGGUCCUCUGGUGGCCGAUGGUGAGCAAAUCGGCGUGGUAUCCUGGGGUGUACCUUGCGCCAAAGGACGUCCCGACGUUUUCACAAGGGUCUACCCAUAUUUGGAAUGGAUUAACAAGCACAUAAAGACGCGGCUUGGGGAGAGGAUGGUCAGCAUGAGCUCCAUGCUUGUGGAGACAGUUAGUAUAAAUUACGAGGAUUUCAACGAGAGUUUCUUGACCUGUGGCACCUGCCUCUGUGUUUACGAUGGCAGCGAGCACACGCCGAAAUUAUUACCAUGCUCACAUACGGUAUGUCUACAUUGUUUGACAAGAAUUGCCGCGUCCCAAACACGGGAGACGGGAGCAUUCAGAUGUCCCAUUUGCAGAGAACUGAUAACAAUACCACGCGGAGGAGUGGCCGCGCUGCCUCCCAGCUUUUUGGUAAACCAACUGUUGGACCUCAUGUCACGACAGAGACGAGAGGUCAUCCCAAAGUGUUCGGUUCACAUAAAUCAGGAAUUAUUAUUUUGCGAGACGUGUGAUACAGUAUUCUGCACGGUGUGUACCAGUGGGACACACGCGGGAACGUCACCUGGUUGUACAGAACAUACCAUCAUUCCCUUUAGCAUCGCGAUCAAACGGAUGUCCGAGAUACUGCUGUACAGAGCCAACGAAUGUAUAUCUAAGUUAACACAGGCACAGGAUUCUGUGAGCACCGAACUUCAACGUUUGGAAGCUACCACAGAGAGAUGUUUAAACGCGGUAGACACAGAAUUCGCGGGGAUCAUCGAGAAGAUACAAAAACGUCGCGCGGAAUUGCAAGCCGCCGUGACCGCCGCCGCGCGCGAAAAGAAGCACGUGCUCGAGGAACAACAUUCUCUCAUCGAGGCGGAGAAAACCAAGGUGGAGAGAGAGUGCGAGGGAUUGCAAUAUCAGGUCGAGGUUCGGAAUAUCACCCAGCGUAUUGGCAGUCUGUCGGAUCAGUUGAAAACGGCGACCGACCUCAGCGAGCCCAAGGAGAACGCUUUUAUCACGUUCGAAUUCAAUCAUAACGACGCUAUCUCUCAGUUGGAGCAAGCACUGAGUAAUUUGGGACGAGUACGUUCUAGUACGACAUUACCAGGUCUGUGCCGAGCCAAACUGAAAGACGAGGCGAUAGCGAAGCUGCAAACGACCGUCGUAGUCCAAACGGUGGAUUAUCACGGACUUCCCCGUAACGUCGGUGGCGAUCUCAUCAGCGCGGAAAUAACGUUCGCGGAUAAUAACAUGCACGCGGAAAAUCAAAACGUUCCUAUCGAAACGGAAGUGAAGGAUUUGGAGAACGGCACCUAUGAGAUCUAUUUUCGACCUCCGGCUGCGAGCCGAUACGUUUUAAAGGUAUCGGUGUUCGAACGUCCUAUAAAAGAUUAUCCAUUAUUUUUCGACACGACCGAGCAUAACGAACCUGUCAAAAUAUAUGGGGCACGCGGUAACGGAAAGGACGAGUUCCAUCAACCAGUUUCAGUCGCGGUGGAUGAUGAAGGAAUGAUUUACAUCUUGGAUACUGGGAACUCCCGCAUCAAGGUAGUCAAUUGCGAUUUGGAGUUUGAACGGCACAUAAACAAUGAAGGUCUAGAGGGUCGCAGCUGUACAGGGAUAGAUAUUUCUCAGCAAGGUCUCGUGGUUGUGAAUUGGCGAACGCGAAAGAUUACGGAAAUGACUACGCUGGGCGAUACAAUCCGAUCCUUUUCGCAUAACGCGUUUCAAGAACCCAUAGACAUCGCAGUGGACCAAAGUUACGGGCACAUACUUGUCGCUGACAACGGCCAGAGUUGUGUAUUUGUGUUCGACUCGGACGGCAAGAUAUUAUUUCAGGUUGGCAAGAAAGGCACGUUCAAGCUAAUUAGUUCUGUAACCGUCGGUCCAGCGGGUGAAAUCUUGGUUGCCGAUAGCAGAAUUCAAGUGUUCUCCGCGAAAGGCGAUUUCUCCGAGGAAAUAUAUUCUGAAGGCAAAGGAAAAGGUACCUACGGAGGAAUAGCGGUGGACGCGGACGGCAAGAUAGUCGGCACUCGCACGGACAAGGGUCGUAGCGUAAUACAAGUAUUGAAGCUAGGCGGAGGUAAUGUUUUAACCGAAAUCGAUUCCCACAGCUCGAAACUGCGACGUCCAGCGGGUAUAGCUGUGCUGCCCGACAAUCACUUAGUGGUGGUGGACUUGGGCAAUGAUUGUAUAAAGAAAUACAGGUACUGGUAAAAAAACAAAACAAAAAAAAAAAACCAUUAUCUUUUCGUGAAAAUUUAACUUGCAAGCGGAUGGGAGAAGAUCCGUUGCGAAGAUACCAAAUUCACUCUAAUUUAGGACUAUUUAUUCAGAUUUUUCUGGAAUUUGUCAAGUUCCAUAUUACACGUAAGUUACGCGAGGAUUGUAAAUCCUACGUUUCUAUGCGAACUUUUUGUAUAUAGUUUAUACAUUGCAAUAACACACGAGAGAGACGUAAUUAACGUAAUGUCAGAAAGUUCAAUUUGUCUCGCAACAUGUAUACCGUGUCUGUCAAUUUUUUUUUUAAUUGCAUUUAUUUAUAACAUUUAAUUUAUUUUGCGUGUGUUUUUUUUUUAUUCAACUGUUGUUGUCGCGCGGCAAGGUUUCCUCAUGUACAGUGAAUAUCGCUCAGUACUUAUACUUUUUGCAUUUUGUGUUCUCGCAAUUUAAUCUAUACACUGCCGUUUCACGCGUUUGUUUUUACAUCUUUGCCAUAAAAUGAAAUACGUUGCAAUGCAUAAAGUCAACUACACGUGUAAAUAUAUUGCUUAAACAUUAAAUUCGAAGUUGAGACGUGGAGGUUUAUGUCGAACUGAAUAUAUAUAUAUAUAUUUUUUGUAUUGAACAGUUGUGUACGUUUUUUAUUAGAUUAA